AUGGGGGACACGGCUCCUCCGCAAGCCCCGGGUCUCCUGGGAGGAGGCGGCUCGGUGGCGGCACCGCGGGUGCACAGCGCCAUCGUGGAGCGCUUGCGAGCGCGCAUUGCCAUUUGCCGCCAGCACCAUCUCAGCUGUGAGGGGCGCUACGAGCGGGGCCGGGCUGAGAGCUCGGACCGGGAGCGGGAGAGCACCUUGCAACUGCUCAACCUCGUGCAGCAUGGCCAGGCGGCGCGGAAGGGCAGCAAGCACGGCAAGGCGGCAGCCGCGGCAGCCGCGGCGGCGGCGGCAGCCGCGGCCGGCAGUGGCAGCGGCUCGGCUCCUGCGGCCAACGCUGCAGCGCCCCCUCCGGCGGACUACUAUCACCAGCAACUGAUCAGCAACGGCACUGCUGGUGGCAGAAAUGGGAUCAACGGAGAACAGCAGAGCUCCGCGGCUGGAGGGGAGCAGAGGAACCCGGCUCUCAUCGCAGCUGAAAAUUCCCUGGGACUUGCCUUCCUUUCUCAUGCGAGUUCCUGGCACUCCGUGCCUCAUCUGGCCACAGCUGGAUGUUCUCUCCAAGGUUCCUUGAAGAGAAAACUGGUGGUAAAUCUGUCGCCAGCCAAUAACAAGAGAUCGAAUGGUAUUGCUGACAGCACCUUCCUUGAUAUUAAGAGGAUCCGAGUUGGGGACAAUAAUCUUUCUGUGGGACGGGGACACUGCGGUAACAAUUGCCAAAACCAGUCCAUGUUAGGAUCCCUGACAGUUGGUCAAUGUUCACAAAGGAAAGUCAACAGCCCAACAAGCAAUACCGACUCCAAUGCAAAUGGGAUGUUCAACAUGGCUCUAAAGGAGGUGAAGAAAGAACCAGGAGAAACCCUCUCUUGCAGCAAACACUUGGAUAGUCAGGCAUCCCAGGCUUUUUCUAACAGAUAUGGAGAAGACACAGGGGAUCAGUUGAUGGACCCAGAACUUCAGGAGCUAUUCAAUGAACUGACUAAUAUUUCAGUGCCACCCAUGAGUGACCUUGAACUAGAAAACAUGAUAAAUGCUACCAUCAAGCAAGAUGACCCGUUUAACAUUGACCUUGGGCACCAAAUCCAGAGAGCGCCCCCAGUCAGAUCUUCUUCCCUGCAGAUGGAUAAAAUGGUGAUCAAGCAAGAGUAUUCACCAGCUAUGAACCAAUCUUCUGUGGGGUCACCCCAAAUGAGGCCUUCCUCUACGGGUCCAGCUUUCACAAUGUCCAGUGCCGCCAUGUCCACCUCAUCUCCAAUUCCUUCGGCACCACAGACACAGACUCCUCCAUCUCAAGUGUCUUCAGUUCCCAACCGACCGUUGGCCAACUGGCAAGAGGUCUCUCACGCCCAGCAGCUGAAACAAAUAGCGGCCAACCGACAGCAACACGCCUUGAUUCAGCAAUGCCAGCAAAGCCAACCGCCAUCAGCCUGGCCUGCUUUGUCGUCAGCAGAGCCUUCCGCCGGAUCGUUUGCCCAGGAGAAAAUCUCCAGCCCUUCUUUCCACCAGCAGCAAUUCAGUCCGCAGAAUCCUGGGAUGUCUGCAGUCCCUGUAAAUGGGAAUCCGUCCAAAGGGAUGAACAACUACAUCUACCGGCCAAACACCAUGUCCCAGGGAAGCUCCAUAAACCCCAUCAUGCAGCGAAAGCCUCAGGACCUCGGCAGGGUUUAUAUAAGCAACAGCCAGAUCCCGUUGGAGGAGCCUCAGAAUAGCAUCAAGCCUUUGUUUAAUUUCAACUCGGAGCAAGCCAACCAGCAGAUGCCUUCCGUUUUGAGCUCUCAAAGCAAGCCUUCUCUUCCGCACUAUGCACAGCGGCAGCCUCAGCAACAGCCGAACUCAGUAGCUGUGCAACAACAACAGACCCAGCAGCACCAGCAGCAACAGACCCAGCAGCAGCAGCAGUCAUCUGCCCAGCCUCUCCAAAGCCAGCCGCUUCAAAGGCCACCAAACAUAUCGUUAGCUUUGCAGCAGAAGAUCCUGCUCCAGAAAAUGCUGCAAAAUCAGCCCGUGUCAGGACUGCAGUAUCCUGUUCCGCCACAGCAUCAACUGGAUCAACACUCCGUCAUGGGCCAGAGUGCAGGCCCUAGUCCCGGUUCCGGCACUUGCACGAAUUCAAACUCUGGAAGCGGCUACAUGAACUCACCCCAGCAAGCAUUGCUGAAUCAGCAACUGAAACAACAACUCCUUAUACAGCAGCAGCAACAGCAGCAAAUGCUAACAGAAGCAGAGAAAAUGACUCCUCAAGAUCAAUUGAAUAGACACCUCACGAGGCCACCACCAGAUUACAAAGACCAAAGAAGGAACCAGGUCAACAUACAGCAAACACACCAGUAUUCAGGCGGAUCACCUGCUGUGACCAUCAGCUCCAACCUGUGCUUUUCCAACCCCAUUUCGAGCCCUACCAUCUCGCCCCAGGCUUCAAACCUGUUGUCCACGGCUCACGGAGCCAGGAUGCCUUCUCUUCCGGCAGCCCGCCACAUGGGCUGCUACGGGAGCAUCCCUUGCAGCCAGCCCAGCGCAUACAACGUGACGACAUUGACAGUGAGCCAAGUGCCGCAGCACAGGAACCCCAACCAAAUCCUAACCAAUCAAAACAACCCGGCGGCAACUCGGCAAGCACCGCCCGCUGGGCAAGGCAAUAACUUGUCAGCCUUCGACAGUGGGCCGGGGAUCAACUCCCAGCCAGGGAAAGUCAGCCUGAACCAGGGGACCUCAGCGCAAAGACCUUCCAACGUUAUGGUCACCUCAAGUUCUGCAGCUCAGAGCUGGGUCUCUCAAGAAACAGGAACAAAGCAACAGGAAACACGGAAGGCGGUGGCGUCCCCUUUUCCCACCAGUGGCUCCUAUACAAAUCAGCCACUACAGCGCACAGCUGUCCACCAGCCAUUCCCCCAGCGUGCCAUGGUGCCUCCUAACCAAUUGGCCACCGUCCAGAUGAGAACGCCGGUCAGCCAAAUGAACCCAACUCUGAAUAGCCAAGUGUCCGGAGCACCGAAAUCCCAGAACGCAAGGCCUAACCAGGUACGGGCACAGGCGGUGCCACACUUAAACCCACCUGGGGUGGGUAUGACACCAUCACACCCUUUGUCGUCCAACCAUUUCCCAUCCGGUACCAACCCGGCAUCUGUCAGGCCUUACCAAGGAACUGAUCACGCUAGUGAUCUCGCCUUUGACUUUCUGAGCCAGCAAGGAGAUAAUAUCGGGCCAGCACUCAACAGCGAUCCAGACUUCAUUGAUUCUCUAUUGAAAACGGAGCCCGGUAAUGAUGACUGGAUGAAAGACAUCAACCUUGAUGAAAUCUUAGGUGGUCAUUCCUGAGAGAAAGAGAGAGAACAGCUGAUGAUUACACACCCAUGGCUUUUUUGUUGUUGUUGUUC